CCACGCACGUUUGGAGGCCACAGAAACUUUCUCCGGUAAUUUUUUACGUCUUUUCACAGUCUCGGGAUUUUAUUAACAAACUACCGUCACCGAUCAGCAGUGAAGUCUCCUCUUCUUCGCCAUCAUGGCUGUCAGAGCGUCUUUUGAGAAAAACAACGAGAUCGGCUGCUUCGCCAAACUCACCAACACCUACUGCCUCGUGGCGAUCGGAGGCUCCGAGAACUUCUACAGUGUGUUUGAAGGGGAACUGUCAGAAACCAUCCCGGUGGUUCACGCGUCCGUAGCAGGUUGUCGCAUCAUAGGGAGGAUGUGUGUGGGGAACCGUCACGGCCUCUUGGUGCCCAACAACACGACAGACCAGGAGCUGCAGCACAUCAGAAACUGUCUGCCAGACACAGUGAGGAUCCAGAGAGUGGAGGAGAGGCUCUCCGCCCUCGGCAACGUCAUCGCCUGCAACGACUACGUAGCGCUGGUCCACCCUGACCUCGACAGGGAGACGGAGGAGAUCCUCGCAGACACUCUGAAGGUGGAGGUUUUCCGUCAGACGGUAGCGGAGCACGUCCUGGUCGGCUCCUACUGCGCAUUCAGCAACCAGGGAGGCCUGGUCCACCCGAAGACGUCCAUAGAAGACCAGGACGAGCUGUCGUCUCUGCUCCAAGUCCCUCUGGUGGCCGGUACAGUGAACCGGGGCAGCGAGGUGAUCGCGGCGGGGAUGGUGGUCAACGACUGGUGCGCGUUCUGCGGCCUGGACACGACCAGCACGGAGCUGUCCGUCAUCGAGAGCGUCUUCAGACUGAGCGACGCGGCGCAGCCCUCGGCCAUCGCCACCAGCAUGAGGGACUCGCUGAUUGACAGCAUGGCGUAAGCCACCUCCGCGGUUCGCUGCCGUCGAGGAGCUCUGCUGCGGUUCACCUGGUCUCUCAUGGCGUGAAGCCACCGGGCGUCUGGACCUCGGCACUCAGCUUAAAACUCCUCCUUCCACACAACACGGUUCGGUCUCAAUCAGAAGUCCCAGCUCCUGCAGCUGCACAGGCGUCAUUCGGUUUAAUCUUUCUAAAAAAAAAAAAAAACCUUCGCUCAUGUGACCUCAGUCAUUUUUUCAUAUCAGCUCUCUACAAGGAAUUCAUCAGCAGGUUAAACAGGUUCAGCUUCACAUGCAGCACCUCACCUUUUUAUUUGGACUGGGACAGGUUGAGAUAAUUGGUAGUUAAGUCAAAGCAGAGGCUGAUGUUCAGAGAGUUGUGAAUGUGCUGGACUCCCCUGAAACUCUAUUUACACGCAUGUUGUGUCAAUCGUGAAACUUUUAAACCAAACAGGAAGAAAGGAAAAAAAAAAAAGAAGAAAGAUUUAACAUUUUCUCCCAGUUUGGAAAAAACAAAAGUGAGUUAAAAAUCAAAUUACUUUUUGUGCCUGUCUCAUUAAAAAUGUGUCUAAAGUCUGUCGGUGGGAGUCGGUGUUCUGCCUGUUAUCCUCAGCCCUGAGGGGAAACUGACAGUCGCCUUGACAGAAUCACCUCCUCCUCAUGUUGGGGUAACUCUGAUUGGGUGACAGUUCCCCAGCAGGCGGAUGUUUUUGUCACUUAAAAGUCAGUGAGGGAUUCCCAACAAAACACACACCUACACACACACACACACACCUCACUGCCAAACAAACGGUAUCAUCAUCCCAGAUAUCAACUUUCAUCUGAGGCUUGAAGAAUGGAAAAACUCACUGUCGCUUUAGUCAGAGAGAAAAACGAAGAGAAGUAGGGCUGAUAUUGAAGGUGGUAACUGAUCUUAAUGAUUUAAUGUCCAGAAAACUGACGGUGUGGUGGAUGAACACAGGAACACAGGCAGAGAGAUAUCAGCGUCAGUCGUCUUGUAUGUAACGUUUACACAACAGACAGUGAAAAGCGACAGGUGGAUGUUUCUCCUCCCGACUGUAAGAAGUGAGACAGACUUCAGUGUUUCUGCCUGCUGGACUCUUUUAACACGGCUCGUUUCUUAACGAACGAUACGUCUCGUCUGUCUUGUAAAAUAAAAUAAAAAUCUCCCUCUUUUUAUCUGA